GCUGGGGAGCCAUGACCGAGGCCCGCUGGCCCGGGGCCCCUGCGGUGCUCCUGAGCUGCUUGUGCACCUGCCUCCUUUGCACAACAGUCCUGGGAAACAUUACAACAGCCUCAACACUUUCUCAAUUAUCUACUCUGAAAAACACAGGAGACAUAUCAUCAUAUAAACCUGAGACUCACUCUACCACCAACGCGACAAAGAACUCAACAGAAACAACUAAAGGAAACUCAAAUGGGGAAAAAACAGCAGUUACUGAAAAUACACAGACUCAGAGUACAGAGAGUAGCAAACAGCUACCAAGCACCCACACGGAGGUGACCACAUCAGGCCCUCCAUCUUCCUCAAGUGGAUACUCCCAAACAGAGACACACUCUGAGGCAACAUCCACUCCAGCUGGAACAUCUCCACCAUCUACAUUCAACAAGAUCCUCCCAACAACAUCAAAGUUGAUCACAAUGUCAACUUCUUCAGCCUCAACUCUGGCAACCACAGGAGACACAACAUCAGUGACAACUGGGAGUCUUCUUCCAACAAGAGCAAGGACAAUGAAAGAAAGCUCAACAGCAACUUCUGUAGGGACCUCCACUCAGGAAACGUCAGCAACUUCAGAAAACCCUCAGAUUCAGAGUACAAAGACCAGCAGACACUCUCCAAGUACCCACAUGGACGUGACCACAUCAAGUCCUCAAUCUUCAUCAAGUGGACACACUGGGACAGAGACACACUCUGAGGCAACAUCCUCUCCAGCUGGAACAUCUCCAUCAUCUUUGACAUUCAGUAAGGCAAACGAAAUAGCACCAGAGUUGGUCACUAUGUCAACUUCAUCAGCCUCAACUCUGGCAACCACAAGAAACACAAUAUCACUGACAACUGGGAGUCUUCCUCAAAACACUGAAAGCAAACAAAAUUUAGUAUCCACUUCUACAAUGGCCACCACCCAGGAAACAACUGCAACUUUGGAAAAUGCUCAGACUCAGAGUACAGAGACCAGCAGACAAUCCCCAACAAAUCCUCCCAACAGCAUCAAAGUUGAUCACUAUGUCAACUUCAUCAGCCUCAACUCUGGCAACCACAGGAGACACAACAUCAGUGACAACUGGGAGUCUUCUUCCAACAAGAGCAAAGACAAUGAAAGAAAGCUCAACGGCAACUUCUGUAGGGACCUCCAUUCAGGAAACAUCAGCAACUUCAGAAAACCCUCAGAUUCAGAGUACAGAGACCAGCAGACAAUCCCCAACAGCUGGAACAUCUCCACCAUCUACAUUCAACAAGAUCCUCCCAACAGCAUCAAAGUUGAUCACUAUGUCAACUUCAUCAGCCUCAACUCUGGCAACCACAGGAGACACAACAUCAGUGACAACUGGGAGUCUUCUUCCAACAAGAGCAAGGACAAUGAAAGAAAGCUCAACGGCAACUUCUGUAGGGACCUCCACUCAGGAAACAUCAGCAACUUCAGAAAACCCUCAGAUUCAGAGUACAGAGACCAGCAGACAAUCCCCAACAGCUGGAACAUCUCCACCAUCUACAUUCAACAAGAUCCUCCCAACAGCAUCAAAGUUGAUCACUAUGUCAACUUCAUCAGCCUCAACUCUGGCAACCACAGGAGACACAACAUCAGUGACAACUGGGAGUCUUCUUCCAACAAGAGCAAAGACAAUGAAAGAAAGCUCAACGGCAACUUCUGUAGGGACCUCCAUUCAGGAAACAUCAGCAACUUCAGAAAACCCUCAGAUUCAGAGUACAGAGACCAGCACACAAUCCCCAACAGCUGGAACAUCUCCAUCAUCUACAUUCAACAAGAUCCUCCCAACAGCAUCAAAGUUGAUCACUCUGUCAUCUUCUGCAGCCUCAACUCUGGCAACCACAGGAGACACAACAUCAGUGACAACUGGGAGUCUUCUUCCAACAAGAGCAAGAACAAUGAAAGAAAGCUCAACAGCAACUUCUGUAGGGACCUCCACUCAGGAAACAUCAGCAACUUCAGAAAACCCUCAGAUUCAGAGUACAAAGACCAGCAGACACACUCCAAGUACCCAUAUGGACGCAACCACAAGAGGCUCAACAUCUCUGGCAUCUGGGAGUCUUUUUCUAACCAGUGCUAUAACAAUGAAAGAAAGCUCAACGGUAACUUCUAUAGGGACCUCCACCCAGGAAGCAACUGCAACUUUAGAAAAUGCUCAGACUCAGAGUACGGAGACCAGAAAACAGUCUCCAACAACUGGAACAUCUCCAUCAUCUACAUUCAACAAGAUCCUCCCAACAGCAUCAGAAUUGGUCACUAUGUCAACUUCAUCAGCCUCAACUCUGGCAACCACAGGAGACACAACAUCAGUGACAACUGGGAGUCUUCUUCCAACAAGUGCAAGGACAAUGAAAGAAAGCUCAAUGACAAGUUCUAUAGGCACUUCCACUCAGGAAACACAGUUCACACUCACGCCACAGAGACCACACAAAAAUACCAAAGCAUGAAUUCAGGCCCCUAUGUGGCUGGUUCAGUAAACGUAGUAACAACUACAGCUUCCUCAUCAACAUCAAGUAAAUAUUCACCCGAAGAAAGUGAUUCUGAAGAGGAACCUCCCAAGGACAGUGACAACCCAGGAUCCUCUGAGGACAGUCACACAAACACAGAAGCAAGGGUAUCAUCAAUCAGCCCUGACAUCACCUUGAGGACCUCACGAGUGUCUCUACCCAUUGAUGCUGAACUGUGGUCUAGCCCUGUCACCAGCCAGGUGACCCCAGGAGAUGUUUCAGCCAUGGCUACAAGGAACACGGCCUUUGAUGUUUCUACACCAGCAGGCCUAGCGGGACAGUCAUCAUCACGUUCUACCACUCAUGCUGCUGAGAAACUGUUUUUGAAUUCCCAGACAGUUCACACUCACGCCACAGAAACCACACAAAAAUACCAAAGCAUGAAUUCAGGCCCCUAUGUGGCUGGUUCAGUAAACGUAGUAACAACUACAGCUUCCUCAUCAACAUCAAGUAAAUAUUCACCCGAAGAAAGUGAUUCUGAAGAGGAACCUCCCAAGGACAGUGACAACCCAGUAUCCUCUGAGGACAGUCACACAAACACAGAAGCAAGGGUAUCAUCAAUCAGCCCUGACAUCACCUUGAGGACCUCACGAGGAAUCGUCACAACCUUACUGUGGACAAAUGAUGGGAGAAGCAGAACACUGUCACCGUCCCCAGCAACCUCCCUGACUCGUACAACCUCCACACCCACUACAUCCACUGUUCAGCAGGGGAAAAGCAUCCCUCUCCUUACUUACGGCCCAAUCGUUGGAGACACUCAGUUCGUCAGGAGAACUGUGGACUUCACCUCGCACCUCUUCAAGCUUCACAUUGGCUUCCCUCUGGGCUCCUCUCUGAGAGAUUUCCUUUACUUCACAGACAAUGGCCAGAUCAUUUUCCCGGACUCAGACAACCAGAUCUUCUCCUAUCCCAAUCCGCCUAGCCGAGGCUUCACAGCCUGGGAUACCAUGGCUGUGGUGGCUCCCUUCUGGGAUGAUGCUGACUUCUCCAGCCACCGGGGAACCAUAUUUUAUCAGGAAUAUGAGACAUUCUAUGACCAAUAUAACCCACUAGUCAGGCAGGUGGAGUCUUGGAUUAGAAGGUUCACAAACUCCUGGAGCUACAAAGCCAAGUGGACCUUAAAGAUCACCUGGGUCGAUGCCCCUGCCUAUCCUGCCCAGUGGACCUCUGGGACGAGCACCUACCAGGCCGUUCUCUCCACCGAUGGGAGCAGGUCCUAUGCCCUGUUUCUUUACCAGAGUGGUGGGAUGCAAUGGGAUGUGGCCCAGCGCCCAGGCAACUCGGUCCUCAUGGGCUUCUCCAGUGGAGACGGGUAUUUUGCCAACAGUCCACUGACAUUCCGGCCAGUGUGGGAGAGGUAUCGUCCGGACCAGUUGCUGAAUUCCAGAUUAGGCCUCAGGGGACUGCAGAUUUACAGGCUCCAUAGGGAGCCGAUACCCAACAACCGUCUCAAGUGCCAGCAGUGGCUGGAGAGCCAGCCUCAGUGGCCAAGUUGGAACUGGAACCAGAUCGCCUGCCCUUGUACCUGGCAGCAGGGACGAUGGGACUUACGAUUCCGGCCUGUGAGCUCAGACUGGUGGGACCUUGGUGGCAGCAGGAAAUUGUGCCGCUUCUCUUCCUGGCAAGGAGGUGUUUGCUGCAGCUAUGGGUCGUGGGGAGAGCUUCGUGAAGGCUGGAGAGUGCACAGCCCUUCGCACUUGGAGCAAGAGCUGGAGCCGCAGAACUGGUGCUGCCACUGGAAUGACAAGCCCUUCUUCUGCUCUAUGUACCAGCAAAGGCGGCCCCCAGUCAGCUGUGCCGGAUACAGGCCCCCACGGCCUGGUUGGAUGUUUGGGGACCCCCACAUCACCACCUUGGAUGGUGCCAAUUACACCUUCAACGGGCUGGGGGACUUCCUGCUGCUGCGCGCCUGGGACGGGAAUUCCUCCUUUGAGCUGCAGGGCCGCACUGCCCAGACUGGCUCAGUCCCGGCCACCAACUUCAUCGCCUUUGCAGCUCAGUACAACUCCAGUAGCCUGGCCCCCAUCACGGUUCAGUGGUUCCUGGGGCCCAAUGACACAAUCCGAGUUCUACACAAUAACCAGACUGUGACUUUUGAGACCCAAGAUGCAGAAGGCCGGGAGACUUACAACAGCAGUGGGCUGCUGCUGACCCGCAAUGGCACCCAGGUCUCAGCCAGCUUCGAUGGCACAGUGGCCAUCACAGUAAUGGCCCUCUCCCAAAUCCUACAUGCCUCCUCCAGCCUCCCUGAGGAGUACCAGGGCCUCACAGAGGGCCUCCUAGGACUCUGGAACAACAACCCCAAUGAUGACUUCAGGAUGCCCAAUGGCUCCUUCCUGGCGAGCGGGAGCACCGAGGAGGAGCUAUUCCAUUUCGGGAUGACCUGGAAACUAAACGGGACAGACCUCCUUGGUGAGAGGGACGACCAGUUGCCCCCCUCCUUCACCCCCAUCUUCUUCUCACAACUGCUGGCGAACAGCUCUGGUGAUGGGGCUUUGAUCUCUGGGUGCAAUGGAGACAGACAAUGCAUGUAUGAUGCCUUGGCCAUGCAAGAUGCCAGCGCCGGACUCCAUACCAGGACGCUCUUUAGAACAUACCAGGAGAUGAAUGCCACCCAAAAUCAGUUCCCACCCUCCAUCAAGAGUAAUCACACGAUUGAAGCCUACAAGGGAAAGACCACGUGGAUUCAGUACACCAGUGACUCAGAGAAUGUCACCUUCUCUCUCAGAAGCAACUGCACCGACUUCCAGCUCUUUGAGAAUGGGACACUGCAGUGGACACCCAAGACGCUGGAACCUUUCACUCUGGAGAUCCUAGCACGAAGCUCCUCCACAGGCCUGUCAUCUUCCCUCCAGCCUAAGACCGUGGUUUGCGUGUGCAGUGCAGAGAGCCAGUGUCUGUACAACCAGACCACUUGGGUGGGCAAUUCCUCCCUGCAGGUGGCUGACUGCAGGUGUGAUGGAGACACCUUUGGCACCUCCUGUGAACGCACUGGGGAUCCCUGCAUGGAGCCAUGUUUCCCCGGUGUGAGCUGCAUUUCUGGAAAGGGCUGCGAGGCCUGUCCUGUGAACAUGACUGGGGACGGGCGGCACUGCGCAGCCCUGGAGAACUCUGACCUCUGCCAGAACCACUCCUGCCCUGUAAACUACUGCCACAACCAGGGCCACUGCCAUAUCACCCUGAGUUGCCAGCCAGCCUGCACCUGUCCCCCAGCCUUCACCGACUCCCGCUGCUUCCUGGCUGGGAACAGUUUUACUCCAAGUACCCUUCAAGAGCUUCCCUUAAGAGUCAUCCAGCUUUCACUCAUGGAAGACGAAAAUGCCUCCAUCUCAGAGGUCAACGCCUCGGUGGCGUACAGACUAGGGAUGCUGGAGGUACGGGCCUUCCUCUGGAACAGCCUUGUGGAACCAGUCUCUGGCCCAGGAGUUGGCUCAGGCAGCCGGGUUCAGCACUGGAAGGUCAUCUCACAGUUCCAGUACCACGUACGGGGACCGGUCAUCGACUUCCUCAACCACCAGCUGCAGGAUGCUGUGGUGCAGGCCUUCCUCCCCCAGCUCCAGAGGGGGCGGUGGAAGCGGAACACGGGGCCCAGGAAUAACGUGGUCUUCUACCCCAUUUCAAGGGGAGACGUGCAAGAUAUCACAGCAUUGAACGUGAGCACACUGGAGACCUACCUCCGAUGCAGCGGCUACCAGGGCUAUCGCCUUGCCUACACACCCCAGAGCGGCUUCACCUGUGUGUCCCCGUGCACUGAGGGCUACUGUGAUCAUGGAGGCCGAUGCCAGCACCUGCCGGAUGGGCCCCGCUGCAGCUGUGUGCCCUUCUCCAUCUACUCGCCCUGGGGUGAGCGCUGUGAGCACCUGAGCAUCCGACUAGGCGCUUUCUUCGGGAUCCUGUUUGGGGCCCUGGGCGCGGUCCUGCUGCUGGCAGCCGGGACGUUUGUGGUCGUGCGCUUCUGUGCCUGCCCGAGGGUUAAGUCCUCCUACCCUCUGGGCAUACUAAGUUGAAGUCUCCUGCCUCCUAUGGAUACCUCAGACCCACUCCGGCCCUCGCCUCGCACUUUCGGAGCCCUGGCUCCGGGGACAUCCGGAGACGGAGAAAUGACAGAUGCUGAUUCAGGAUCCUCUGAGGAGAAUGGACCUUGCCCAGAGUCCGCAGCGCUAGGAAGAGGUGGAUGCGAGCUGAUGCCAGCUCCCGCAGACAUCCUCCGAGCACAGCACCAUGGCCCGCGCAGGGCUGGCAGCUCUAAGUGAACCAACACGCUUUUGCACACAAAACACCCUUGUUUA